UCUCCACACACACACACAAGUCACAGCUCACAGCUCAGCUUCAUCGAGCUAGCUAGAUCACAGCACAAUUCAUCUUCUUCAUCCGGCGGGGCAAGUUGCAACCACCGUCGCCGGAGAAGAGAACUCUAAUCAAGGGCAGGGAGAAAUGGAGGCCGCCACCGCAGCGAGCUAUGUGGCCGACGUUGAUAACUUGAAGGCGACCGAGCUGAGGCUCGGCCUGCCGGGCACCGAGGAGGAGCCCCAGAAGACGGUGGCGCUGCCGACGCCACCGUCGACGCCCAGGGGCAAGAAGCGCGACGUGAGCGGCCCGGAGGAGGCAGCCAAGAAGCGCGACUGCGAGACCGCGCCACCGGCCGCCAAGGCUCAGGUGGUGGGUUGGCCGCCGGUGAGGUCGUACAGGAAGAGCUGCUUCCAGCAGGCCAGCAGCACAAAGAGCAAGCCGGCAGCGCCGGAGGAGACCGCCACGGCCGCCGCCGCCGGGCUGUUUGUUAAGGUGAGCAUGGACGGGGCUCCCUACCUGAGGAAGAUCGACCUCAAGAUGUACAAGGGCUACCGCGAGCUCAGGGAGGCCCUGGAGGCCAUGUUCCUCUGCUUCUCCGGCGGCGCAGACGCCCCGGCCGUCAACCCGUCGGACUUCGCCGUCACCUACGAGGACAAGGACGGCGACCUGAUGCUUGUUGGAGAUGUGCCCUUCGACAUGUUCAUCAGCACCUGCAAGAGGUUGAGGAUCAUGAAGGGAUCUGAAGCAAGAGGACUGGGGUCAGUGAAGAACAACUGAGCAAGAUGCAUGUCUUGUGCAUGAACAAAUUCUUUUGUUCUUUUGGGGUUCUCCAAGGCAUGGACAUGUGUUUUAUCAUCUCUCCUGGUCUCACUCUUGAACAAAACAAGGAACCAAAUGAUGCAAGAUUGAGGAGAAACGGAGGUUGGAAGGAGAGACUUUGUGCAUCAAAAGUGCAUGCAUGCAUGGAUGUGUGUGUGGCUUUGUUAUUUCCUUUUUGUUUUACCUAGUGUUAGCAACACAAAAGGAGUGGAGAUUCGAGUUGACUCUCCAUGUGUGUUUGUACAAAGCAAAGGAUCACCUUUAAGUUAUAUCAGUGGUUGAUUACUUCUGUAAUUGGAGGGAAGAAAGGGUCUGUUCUCCCCUUUGAGUUUAUCCAUAUUUCCUUUUGGUUGUGAAAUGCAAGAACAACAGACAUAUUUGCUUUUUUGUUUGUGAGAUGUAAGAACAGCAGAUCGAGCUCUGCGUUCAUU